AUGCAUAUGUCUAACCGACCAAAUGCCAAUAGUAAUCGUGGUUCGUACGGUACACGCUGGGGCUCUCGAUCAUAUAGACGAGGUGGCUAUGAAGAAAACUAUCACCAAGGAUCGGCGGAUUAUGGGUAUUCUCAGUCAUAUGAAAACUAUGAUAAUUCCAAUUAUGAACAACAACAGCAAUCGUCCAAGCGUUAUUCCGUUAAUCGCAAUAAACAACAGUCAAAUCUAACUGAUAAUUCAUAUGACGGUCACAAUUCACAGCGUCAGCAACAGCAGCAAUCUUAUCGCUCUGAAGCAUCGACAAAAGUUUCAAAUGAACAGUAUAAUACUCAAAAAUCAUCAAAUUUACAAGUACCAAUGAAGAAACCAUCUAAUGGAUCAACUAAAUCACAAACUACGAAUGAUCAAUUAUCCAAAAAACAAACUGGUAAAGAACAAUCAAAAAAAAUAACGUCGACAUCGGAAGUGAAAACAGUAUUAGAAAGUACCUCAAAUGCAUUACCAGUAAACGAACAAUUAAAUGAAUCAAAAACUGAAUUAAUCAACUCACAACCGGUGAAAACUAAACAGGAUAAUGACACUCAACCAAAACUGGAAACAUCGAUGUCUAUUUCGAACGCGGAAGAAACUCCGACUACAGAUAUUGGAGAAACAACAACGACGUUAGAAUCUAUUCCACAGAAAGAACCAAGUGAAAAUAUUGAUAAUAUUCGUCAACAGGUUCAGACUUAUACUAGUGAACGUGUAGAACGUAUGAAAUAUCGCAAAGAAUUGCGUGAACAAAAUAUUCUUGCUGAACAAACACGUAAAAAUGUUGAACAACAAGAAGAAAUGAUGGCACGUUUAGAUUCCAGUAUAAAAAAGAUUCCACCGUUUAUCAAACGUUUACGAACAUUAACAGAACAACAAAAAGACGCAUUACGUAAAGAUAUGCAACAGUUAAAUUUGACACGUUAUAUAAGUGAAGUAGCCAAUUCGAUAACGGAAGCAAAAUUAAAAAUGAACGAUGUUUAUACAGCUGUACUAUUAUGUUCAUUAUUACAUCAGCGUUAUCCAGAUUUUUCUAUGACAUUAUACGAAAAUUGGUUAAAAGUAUUACAACCACAAACUAUAAUUGAAUCAAUAUCAACAUCAUAUCAGCAAGAACCAAAACCAUCGUUAAAUUUAUCAAAAUUACGUGUCGAUUUAAGAUUCUUCGCUGAAUUAAUAACUGUUCAUGUUUUACCUCAGACAUUGUCAUAUAAUUAUUUACUUUCAUUACUCCAAGCUCUAAUUAACAAUGAUAAAGAGUUUUCGAACAUAACAAUUAUCACAAGUUUUUGUAAAAUGUGUGGGGAAGAUUUUGCUGAUAUCGUAUCAUUGAAAAUGAAAGGAUAUGUUGAUAAAUUAAAUGAUAUUGAUAAAAGUCAAGAACAGCAACAAACACUAAUCCCAACAAGUGAUCAUUAUUCGAAUGAAAAAAAACACUAUAUUCGACAGUUAUUUAAAGAUUAUUAUAAUCAUUUAUGUGAUCAUGUUAAACAAGAACAUAAACAAAUACAAAAGAUGGAACGACAAAUGAAACGUAUGAUGGAAAGUCGUGGUGAAUUGAAUCAGGAAACACGUGAUAAACAUGAACAAGCUUUGAUAUCAUUUCAAAAACUUUUACAAAACACUGAAACAUUAGCUGAUCUUUUAGAAGAAGCAAUGCCAGAAUUGCCUAUUGAAGAAAUUUCCAAAAAGUCGAGUGAACGAUCGGGCAUUGAUAUGUAUAUACCAGGCAGAAACGAUGAUGAUAAUAUAAAUUCAAUAUGGGAAGAUAGUGAAACAAAACAAUUUUAUGAAAAUUUUCCGGAUUUAAAAUUAUUCGUACCGGGUUUCUAUCGUGAUACAACAACAUCGACGAGUACGAGUGCAAACGUAACAAGUACACCAUCCAACGAUUCCAAUGGCACGCCUACUACUACUACUACAACAACUGAAGAUGGUGAAAUACUGGAUUCUAUACAAAUCGAAAAUGAAAUUGAAAAUGUAGUGUUAGAAGUGGCAGCAGCAGAUGCCGAUGUAGAAGAGGAAGAUGCUGUUCUUGCUGACGAUGAUCCUGUCGAUGAAGAUCUUAGUAGUACAAAUAUGAAAUUAAUGAUGGAUGUUUUUGUUAAUCAUUUACCAACGUGUGUCAAUAGAGAAUUGAUGGAUAAAGCAGCUCGUGAUUUUGGAACAAAUUUGAAUACAAAACAAAAUCGUAAACGUCUUAUAAAAGCGUUAUUUCAAGUUCAACGUACUCGUUUAGAUUUAUUACCAUUUUAUGGCCGUCUAAUAGCUUCAUUAAAUCCAAUAAUGCCAGAAAUUGGAACAGAGAUGAUACGUUUAUUAAAAAAUGAAUUUCGACAACAUAUACGGAAAAAGGAUCAAAUCUAUAUUGAAUCAAAAAUAAAAACUGUUCGAUAUAUUGGUGAAUUAGUUAAAUUUAGCAUAUUUCCCACAUCAGAAGCAACAUUAUGUCUGAAAACAUUAUUAGGUGAUUUUCGUCAUCAUAAUAUUGAAAUGUGUUGUAAUUUAUUAGAAACAUGUGGAAGAUAUUUGUAUCGUGGUCCAGAUACACAUAGAAAAACAGAAAUCAUUCUUGAGAUAUUAAUGCGAAAGAAAGCUGUUCUGACGUUGGAUAAUCGGUACACAACGAUGAUUGAAAAUGCCUAUUAUUAUUGUAAUCCACCAGAAAAUCGAGAAAUCGAAAAGAAAAUACGACCACCAUUACACGAAUAUUUAAGACGGCUAUUAUUUAGAGAUUUGAAUAAAAUAACAAUUGAGAAAGAAAGUAUUACGACAAUUGAGAAAAUUUGA